UCGGAUGCCGCUCGACAAGGGUGUCCACCUCAAGUGUGCGCACACGGAGGGGCGCGGCGCCAUCUCCUACGCCCCCGACGGACGGCACAUUGUCACGUGCGGCGAGGACACUUUCGUCAAGAUCUUUGAGGCGGAGGAGCUCAGCGCCGAGCCGCGCACCCUCGAGAUCCACGACGCGCCCGUGACGGCGCUCGCCAUGGACCGCAAGGGCGCGCGCGUCGUGACGGGCACCGACGCUCACAUCGCCUCAGUCUUCUCCUACCCGUCGGGCGAGGGGAUGCGGAUGCUGACGCGGAUGCAGUCGGCGGUGCGGUGCAUCGCGCUCGACCCCAAGGGGCGGAUCGCCGCCGUCGGCGCCGAGGACGGCGCCAUUCGCAUGUGCAUGGUCAACGCGAGCGGCGCCGGCGCGUCGCAGUUUGUCUCAGUCAAGGGGCACACCGACUCGGUCCUGUGCCUCGCGUUCGACCCGAAGGGCGAGUAUCUGGCCUCGUCGUCGGCUGACGGCACCGUCCGCAUCUGGGACAUCCGCGACGACCCCACCACCGUCAAGACGCUCUCCGUGUGCGGCCGCGUGCUGCCAGGCUCUGCGCAGCAGCUCGGCGUGUGCUGGCACCCGCAAGGGGAGACGCUGGCGGUGCCAAAGGGGGCGGGGGCGAUCCUUCUGGACCGCGGGACGUGGGAGGAGACGGCGACCUUCGAGUCGGGCGGCGCGGGCAAGGACGGCCACUCGCGGGACAUCUUCGUGUGGGACGCGGCGUGCGGCGAGUCGCUCGACCGCCACCGCGGCGACGCAACGCCUUGCGGCCUCUGCUGGUCCCCGACCGCAAACACGCUCUGCUUCCUCGACGACUCAGGCCAGCUCGGCAUCUGGUCGCAGCCCGUCCCGGCGCACUACCCGCCCCCGGGGUCGACCCCGGCGGCGGCCGCCGGAGGCGAGGAGGGCGGGGACGAGUCCAAGGGGGGGCGCCGCCGGCUGCGCAAGGUGGUCCAUGACUCGGACGACGGCGGCUUCUCCGACCACGACGACGACGAGGCGGUCGAGGCGGCGAUGCUGGCUGCGCAGCUCAAGAUGCACGGCACGCACGGGCCGCAGCCGCCCGCAGCCUCAGAGCCGCGCCGCUCUGCCUGCCCGCCUCGCCAGAACCUCACGGGGAUGGUGCUCUCUCGCGACGAGAACACGUACUCCGCCAUUGAGGUCGAGUUCAACGACGCGACCAAGCACCGCACGAUGCGCCUCACCGACCACUACGGCUUCUCGAUGGCCGCGCUCGACGAGGCCGCCGUCCUCUUCGCCUCGCGCUCCAACCACGGCAAGACCCGCAACCCGUCCACCGUCGUGUACCGGCCGCUCGCCUCGUGGGCACCGAACUCGGACUGGCAGGUGCAGCUAGAGAAGGGCGAGGAGGCGGUCGCCGUCGCCGUCGGCCACAAGUUCGCCCUCGUCGCGACCAGCGCGCGCUACUUGCGCGUCUACUCGCACACGGGCGCGCCGCGCUCGCUGCUCUGCCACGGCGGCCCGCUCGUCGCGCUGGCCGCCUCGCGCGGCCUCGCCGCCCUCGCGCUGCUCGUGACGCUGUACGACCUGCGCGAGCCCGCGCGGCCCGUGCGGCUGGCGAGCGAGCUCCUCCCCCUCUCCCCCGGCGCGACCCUCGACUGGGUCGGCUUCUCCGAGGCGGGCGCCCUCUCGACGGUCGACUCGGCGGGCGUGGCGGAGCAUCACUGGGUGGUCGGCCUCACCGGCGCCCAGCUCAUGUGCAUCCUGUGCAAGGGCGACGACAAGUACCCCGCCACGCUGCCGCGGCCCGUCCUCACGGCCCUCCCGCUCGCGAUGCCCCUUGCGUGCUCCGAGCCCGCCGAGCCGCAGCUCGAGGCGCAGCGCAUCGCGGCGAUGGUCGAGCUGGACGAGUACCGCCUCGCCGCCACCGAGGCGGGGCUCGGCGAGGAGGAGACGGCGGAGCACACCAUGCGGCUCGUCACCAAGAUCGACUCGCUCGCGCUCAAGCUCUUCCAGACGGCGAACGGGACGGAGCGCAACGCCGCCGAGAGGGCCCGAGGCGCACUCAAGCUCGCAAACCACUUCAAGCUCGGCCCCCUCGCCGACCGCCUCUCGCGGCUGCUCGAGGCGCCCGCCACCCCCGCCCCCAGAGGCGUCGAGCCGACCGCGACCGGCAAGUCUGUCCUCGAGCUGGGCGGCACGGGCAAGGCGCCUAAGCGCAAGGCUGGCGCCGCUGGCGCCGGCGGGGCCAAAAAGGCGAGGUGA